AUGGGAUAUUCGGGAUGGGAGGCUGAAGAAAACCAGAAAGGACGGGGGUUUUCAGUUGCCGAAGACUUGACGCGGCGGCGGCGGCGGCGCACAGACAGACACAGAGACAGAGUCCUGCCUGCAGUAGCAGUGUCCCUUGCAGCAAAAAAAGGAGGGAGCUGUAACUCCAGAACAGGGAUGCUGAUGUCUGCUGUCUUGUGCCUGCCCAGUAUUAUUGGUGCCACCUACUGUGUACUCAUAUCCUUGUACGCUCUGGGAAAGGGCCCCGUGAUUUGUGAGAAGGGCAGUGGUGCCAGUUUGUCUUCAUGCGAUUUCACCAUCAACAAUAUUAGUUUGGCAAAUGUAAAUUUCAACUUGGACUGGUACCUGAAUGAAAACAGCUGUGGUGGAGUGUCUCUGCUUCCCAACGACGAGACGAACAGCACCUUGCACAACUUGGCUGAAAACCUUAAUAUUGAUCUGGACGAGGCCAACCUGAAGAAUUUCCACCUGAUCACCUUUGCUGGACUAAGCAUUACCGGACUGCUGGAAAUUAUUGUCAGCGCACUGCAGAUCCUUGCAGGAGCAUUUGGUUGUCUGUGUGGCACUUCCAAGAGAAGAAGAGGUCAACCCAUGUAA